CUUGUCUUCAUCUAUGGUUGACACGUGCCUGACAUCGCAAAAAUGAUGGUGUUGUAAACAAAUCUUGCUAAUUUCAAAUGUUUGUCCUAAAAUCGGAAAAUGGGCGACUUGAAUGAAAAGUUCGCAAGUCUGGAGAUCCCCAAAGACAUUUUCAAGGAUAUCAAGUAUUUUAUCACUGGCGAAGUCCAUGAGAAGGUUGAACAUCUACUGAAAGCAGGUGGCGCCGAGCAUCAGAACUACUUCUCCGACUACGUAACUCACUUAAUAGUGGGUAGAAAUCCCGAAGAAAAUGACAUAGUGGACGCCAAUGAUGUCUACGAAAUCCCAGCGGUCAACCCCAAGUGGAUUCUCAUGUGCGUCUCCUUGCAAAGAAGGAUCGACUUCAACCCCUACCUGUACACGACUGAGACCAAACUGUUCAGCGGCAAAGUGUUCUCUUUUUCUACAAUAAGAGAAGAUCGCAACAGUCUAUGGGCGUUGAUUACGUACAAUGGCGGCUCGGUGCAUAUGAAACUGACUCGCAUGUGUGAUUAUUUAGUGACUGGAGCGACCGCGGGCCCCAAAUACGAGAAGGCCUGUGCAGUGGGCGCUGAUCGAGUGAAAAUUGUCACGCCAGACUGGGUGAUGGAGGCAGUGAAAUUGCAGAUGUUGCCCGAUCCUGGCUUGUUUCAUCCGAAGUUGAUCAAUUGGCCGCGGCCGGUCAAGCCAUCGGAGCCAACGACGGCCAUCACCGGCUUCGAGCCGGACAGUUCUGCGAAGAGCGAGGAAAAGACUAUGUCCGAUAGCACGCAAGCUUUGCUGGAGAAGCUGAAGCAACGCAUGCCUUGGAACCAGCCAGUCCCCACUUCUAGCGUGUCUCCUACGUCCAGCAGUGAUCCAGUGGCCCCUCCCAAUGUGGUGGCGCCUAGUUAUAUCAACAAGAUCCCGACAGUAUCCAGAGAGCAAGGUUUCAAGCCCCCAGUCUCCCCUGCAGCUACAGCGGCAGCAUCUAGCUUCAUAUCGACCGCUAAUCAUAUGCCCAGGUCCAUAGUGCAUCACACCGCCAACACUCAGCAGCAGCCAAUGCAAUCCGGCCCUCUAAACAUCAACAGAAUGAUUGGACAGCCGAACCGGCCGAACAGUCUGCAGCAGCUCAGAGGCCAACUGAACACAUCUCAGAUCCAUCAGCAGCUGCUCCAACAGCACAUCCAACAGCAGAGCAUCAUUCAGCGCACUUCUACCGGCCAGAUCAACAUGAACCAGCAGCUGCUGCAUCAGCACUUGAGCCAGGGACAGCGACAGGUGAUUCAGAAUCAGCUGCUCAGCCAGCAGAACCUGCUCAAUCAACAGCAGCUCGAGUCCCAUGGGCAGGAGGCGUUGAUACAAAACCAAAAUGCCCAGUUCAAUCAGCCAAUGGAUAUUUCACAUGGGCAAAAUUCCAUCGAGCGAUCGCCCAGUCGAAACCAGAUGAUGAGCCCGCCUCAGCACCAGAACCAACUGCUCAGUCCGCAGCAUCAGCAAAUCCAGAGCCAGAUGCUGCAGCAAAGCCAGCAAUCGCCGGUCAACCAGCUGCAGCAACAGCAGAGCCAACAGUCCACAGUUAGUUCGAUGCAGAGUCAGUUGAUUCAUCAGCAGCAACAGCAGCAGAUUCAGAACCAGCUGAACCAACAGCAUCAGGAACGAGCCAAUCAGCUGUUGAACCAACAGCAACUCAACAUGCAGCAGGAGCGCGCCAAUCAGCUGCAAAACCAAAUCAUUCAAGGCAACCAACAACAACAGCAGCAGCAGCACAUUACUCAGCAGCAAGCGCAGGAAGAGUUGCAAAAUCAGCUGCUCGGGCCGCAGUCGAGCCAGAGCUCACAGAUGAUGCAACAGAACCAGCAAAUCAUUCAGCACAGCCAGCAGCUUCAUCAACAAGGUCCCAAUCAGCUGCUGCAGCAGAACCAAGCCAACCACCAGCUGAUUCAGCAAAAUCAGCAGCAGGGCGCCAUUAUUCGGCAACCCCAAAUGCUCAAUCAGCAACAACUGCUGAACCAGGGCAAUCCCCAGCAAACCUUGUUAAGUUUGCCCUCGAAUCACCACUUAAGCCAGUUGAGCCCGCAACAGCUGCAGCAGUUGAAGCAGCUGAAGCGCGAGCAACAGCAGCUGUUGAGCCAAACCCAAAACCAGCUUGGAAAUUUGAAUCAGCAAAGCAUGGUGAUGAAUCAGCUGAACCAGCAGAGUGCCGCCAAUGGCAACCAAAACCAGCAGAUCAUCGGGCAGAAUCAGCAUCAGCAACAAAUUAUCCAGAGUCGCACUAUUCAGCAACAGCAGCUGGCUCAGAAUCAGAGCUUCAACUCCGGUCCGAUGAACCAGCAUGUGAUGGGGCAAAAGCAACAGAUAUUCGGGCAGCAACAGAUUGCCACCAGUCAGCAUCAACAGCUCAUCCAGAGCCAGCAAUCCGUGCCCAAUCAAGGCCAGUUUCUCAAUCAGAGCCAGUUCGAUGUCAUCCAGCAGCAGCAGCAGCAGCAGCAACAGUCGAAGUUGAAUCAUGGCAAUCAAAACCAGAUGAGCGUGCAGACGUUGAAUCAGCAGCUGCAACAGCAGAACCUCGGCCAGCAACUUAAUCAGCAGCUGAUGCAGCAGAGCCAGCAGCCGGGCAUCAAUCCAAAUCUAGCCCUCGAGCAGAGCAUCACCGCCAAACUGGGACUGUUGAGUCAGCAGCAGGGCAACUUGAGCCAGCCGACCCUCAAUCAGCAAAUGAACCCGCAAGUCAUCAGGACUCAGUUUUCGCAGCAGGUCUUGGUCAAUCAAGGCCAACAGGGUGGCGUGCAGCGAGCGCAACUGAAUCAACAAAUUUGGGCGCAGCAGCAGCAGCAGCAGCAGCAAGGCGGCUCGCCGAUUCAAACUCAGCGCAUAGUCGGCCAUGUGGCAGUUCAGCAGUCGCCUACUAAUGGUCCAGCAGGACCGAGAGUUCAGUGGCCGCAUGGACAGCAGCCAGGGGCACCCCAACGGCAGUUCAUACAACUGGAUGCCCACACUCACAACCAGCUUCAGAAGAUGCCCCCGGAGCAGCAGGCUCUGUUUGUCGCCAAGCUGCAACAGAAACAGCGGCAGCAACUGCAACUGGCCAAGCAGGUGCAGCAAAGGACUGGCGGCCACAUUCUCAUUCGAGGCAACGUACCUCAAGGUUUAACGCCGCAGCAACAAGUGCAGUGGCUGCAACAACAGGCCAAGCAGCAGGGCAUCGUUCUUCCGCCGAAUAUUCAGCAAAAUUUAACACCAGGGAACGUGACUCCGCAGCAGACAACGCCGCCCUCAGCAGGACCGCCCCAGCAUGCGCCUGGCUUGAGCCCCAUUAAUCAAGCGAGUACAUCCGGCCAGGCUCAGCAAUUCGUCGGGGAUCAGUCCACAGCUCAGCAGUUGCAGCUGAGGCAGCAGUACAGGUUGCAACAGCUGCAGCUUCAGAGGGAGCAAGCUCAGAAGAACGCCAUGGCGCAGCAAGGUGGCAUGCCCCAACAACAAGCUCCAGUGAGGCCCCCUUUGGCGCAACCGCCCGCUGCUGACUCUACAACGAAUCCCCAAGUGCAGGUCAAUCCAAAGACCAAAACGGCGCUUGCCAACAUGUUGAGCAUCAAGUUGCAAAGUGGGGCAGCCAUUGCAGCGUCUCCCCGACCAGAGGGAAUCCCGGAACCGUCUGCAGCAGGAACAUUGAGAAUGAUGACCGCCCAGCAUAAUGCGGCAAUCAACUCGAAGCCACAGGAAAUAAUCGCUUUGCAUCAGCGACGAGUAAUUAACGGGCCAAAUGGGGAGAUAAUCAAGCCUCCAGGGGUGCCCACCUUGCCGUUGACACCUCAAAAUGAACCUCCCAAGCUGCAGUAUAAUCAAAAGUCGCCCGUGCCGGUCCAGCAUCGAGUGGGCCCCUUCUAUGGACACAACCCCAACUUAAAACUGCCUCCCGAUCUAUUUUUGUUGGGCUGCAUUUUCGUCGUCGUCGAAGUGGAGGAUUACUUGGAGGAGAAGUUGCCGGGUUGGCAGCAGAAAAUCGAGAAAUACGGAGGCGAAAUAGAGAAACAGUAUUGCAGCAAAGUGACGCAUGUGUUAUGUGAAACUCAGAAGCAUGGCGUUGUCAUGCAGGCCUUAAGAGACUUGAAGCGAUGCGUUACGAUCCGAUGGCUGAACGAUGUCAUCAAGAGGAAACAGGUUGUGCCCCCGUGGACAGCGUUGCAUUUGCCUCAAAUAUACCUGGAUAUUACUCCAGCCUCAAAGCACCUCAUCUCGAUCAGUGGCUUUGAGGGCAGCACCAGGCAAGUGGUGAAGCAAAUGGUCAUGUACAUAGGAGCCAAGUGCACGAGCUACUUCUCCAAACACAACACCCUGCUGAUAUGUUCGAAAGCCGAGGGAAAGAAGUUUGAGCAUGCGAAAAAAUGGGGGACUCCAGUGGUGAAUGUCCAAUGGCUGACCGACAUUCUGUUGGGCAAUUUUACCGCUAUGAACCAGAUGGAUAAUCAGGCCUAUCAGACCUACGCCAAUCCGCCCAACUUGAGUUUCGAUCCCAAGAUAGUUCCUAAUUUAAUGCAUGCAUGGAAGGCCCCGAUCAACAUCUCGCAAGACUCGUACGAGCGCGUAAAGCGCUCGGCCUCGCCUGUAAGCCUCCCAAAGGCGAAGAGAUUGAAAACGGAGCACACUGACGAAAACGAAAACAUUACGGAGGAAGUGGUUCAUUCGAGUUACCGAGUUUUGUUUUCGCAGUUCGCGCUCGAAGAGCAGAAGACGAUGGAAAAGAUGGUCCGGGAGUUGGGAGGAAUCGUUGCAAAGGACCACACGAACUUCACACAUCUGGUAAUGGCCCAACUGACCAGAACGCCCAAGCUGCUGUUCGCCGCAGUGAAGUCGUGUCACAUUUUGCCUUCCAAGUGGCUUGAGGAGUCGAUGAGCGCCAAAAACUUCCUGCCGGAGCACCAGUUCUCCUUUUGCUUCGAGGAAUUCAACCGGGACUUUGGCGCAAAAUUGGACAAAGUGCUCCACAUGGACACCAAGCACAAGCUGCUCGAGGGGAAAACGUUCUGGAUCACGCCGGGCGUUUUCCCCAGCAAAAAAACCAUAUCGGAACUGAUCGAGCUGUCGGGCGGCAGUCUGGAGCGCAUUCGUCGAAGCCGCGCUCAGAUCGAGGCCACCAGUCUCACCGCCCCGUUCAGCUACUUCAUUCUCACGGCCCACAACGAUCUGCAUCUGGUGGCCGAUUUGCUCAAGAGCAAAAAGGACAACAAGCAACGGGUGGUGUGCAAUGUGGAACUGGUGCUGAGUGCGAUCUUGAGCCAGGACUUUCUGAUUGACAAAUACGCGGUGAGUGUUGUAUGAUCUUUGAGGAAUCGGAGAUGAGAGCGACUGGAGCGGUUGCGCGAACUGUUUCUGGAUGAGUUCACAUCGGACAGCAGCGAUUCCACCCUAUCUGAAUAGAAGGGUGGGCCGAGUGCAAUAUUUUGUGCUGGGGGAGGGCCUCAUUGUGAUUAGCAUCGGGAGCCAGCAAUUUGAACAAACUGACCAAUAAUCACACACACACACGAUAAAAAUCGCCACUUGCAUACAUUUCAUCGAACGGAAAUCACCCUGUAUACACACAGGAGAUUAAUUAGUCUAUUAAUAGUCCCCUGACUAUAGCAGGUGUUUCAUACCGGGAAGCUUCACUAUGAAACACCUCUUAUUCAUCCCCACCUUUUCAGGGUUUUAGUCAUUAAGUGCGCUUGUAGAUUUCAAUGUUAACACUUUCAUUCCUGAGGCAUUUAGAGACUGAAACCCAGAACAAACAUUAAACAUUGCACAUUAAUCGUCCUCCAAGAGUGUAUUUUUGCAGAAUAUAUCAACAGUGGGAAGUUUUUUCCUGCAUCGAUAACUCCAUAACUUUAUUUUUUUUCGGAUCAUAUUUUUCUACAGAAUGUUGACCGGUACAUCCCUUGCAACGGAUUUUCCGGCAAAAACAUGUGGAGUUUUGUAUAUACAUAUAGUAUAGGCAAGUAUUUUUAACUCUAACUAAAUUUAUAGAACCUGUUCUUCGAGGAAACCUGUAUAAAUGUAAUAAAUAAUGUAAAUAUACUUCCAUUUGAAAUGC